AUGGUACAGUCUGAGAUGGUACAGUCCGAGGUGGUUCAGUCCGAGGUGGUUCAGUCCGAGGUGGUUCAGUCUGAGAUGGUACAGUCUGAGAUGGUACAGUCUGAGAUGGUUCAGUCCGAGAUGUCUGAGAUGGUACAGUCUGAGAUGGUACAGUCUGAGAUGGUACAGUCUGAGAUGGUACAGUCUGAGAUGGUACAGUCUGAGAUGGUACAGUCCGAGGUGGUUCAGUCUGAGGUGGUUCAGUCUGAGAUGGUACAGUCUGAGAUGGUACAGUCUGAGAUGGUUCAGUCCGAGAUGGUACAGUCCGAGAUGGUACAGUCUGAGAUGGUACAGUCCGAGAUGGUACAGUCCGAGAUGGUACAGUCUGAGAUGGUACAGUCUGAGAUGGUACAGUCUGAGAUGGUACAGUCUGAGAUGGUACAGUCUGAGAUGGUACAGUCCGAGAUGGUACAGUCUGAGAUGGUACAGUCUGAGAUGGUUCAGUCUGAGAUGGUACAGUCCGAGGUGGUUCAGUCUGAGAUGGUACAGUCUGAGAUGGUACAGUCUGAGAUGGUACAGUCUGAGAUGGUACAGUCCGAGGUGGUUCAGUCUGAGAUGGUACAGUCUGAGAUGGUACAGUCUGAGAUGGUACAGUCUGAGAUGGUACAGUCCGAGGUGGUUCAGUCUGAGAUGGUACAGUCUGAGAUGGUACAGUCUGAGAUGGUUCAGUCCGAGAUGGUACAGUCUGAGAUGGUACAGUCUGAGAUGGUACAGUCUGAGAUGGUUCAGUCUGAGAUGGUACAGUCCGAGGUGGUUCAGUCUGAGAUGGUACAGUCUGAGAUGGUACAGUCUGAGAUGGUACAGUCUGAGAUGGUACAGUCUGAGAUGGUACAGUCUGAGAUGGUACAGUCCGAGGUGGUUCAGUCUGAGAUGGUACAGUCUGAGAUGGUACAGUCUGAGAUGGUUCAGUCCGAGAUGGUACAGUCUGAGAUGGUACAGUCUGAGAUGGUACAGUCUGAGGUGGUUCAGUCUGAGGUGGUUCAGUCUGAGAUGGUACAGUCCAGAGAAGGAUGCCAGUCCAAGGUGUUUGCGUACGAUUACUGUUUCUGGUCCAUGGAUGAGUCGGAGACAGACAAGUUUGCAGGUCAGGAGGUGGUCUUCCAGUGCCUUGGGGAAAACCUUCUCAACAAUGCCUUCCUGGGCUACAACGCUUGUAUCUUCGCAUAUGGACAAACGGGUUCAGGGAAGUCCUACACGAUGAUGGGGUCGGGGGACCAGCCUGGCCUGAUUCCCCGGUUAUGCAGCGCUUUGUUUGAGCGAACACAGAAGGAGCAGCGUGAAGAGGAAAGUUUUACUGUUGAGGUGUCGUUUAUGGAGAUCUACAAUGAGAAGGUUCGAGAUCUGCUUGACCCCAAAGGGGGGCGACAAACACUAAAGGUCCGAGAACAUAAAGUACUAGGACCAUAUGUAGAUGGACUCUCCCGACUCGCUGUGGCCAGUUAUAAGGACAUCGAGUCUCUAAUGUCAGAAGGGAACAAGUCUCGGACUGUUGCUGCCACGAACAUGAACGAGGAAAGCAGUCGGUCACAUGCUGUUUUCAACAUCAUCUUGACACAUACGCUCAAAGACGUGAAGUCUGGGACGAGUGGAGAGAAAGUGAGUCGUCUGAGUUUGGUCGAUCUCGCUGGGAGUGAAAGAGCUGCCAAAACGGGCGCCGCCGGUGAAAGACUGAAGGAGGGAAGCAACAUAAACAAGUCAUUAACUACUUUAGGCCUAGUGAUAUCUGCUCUGGCUGAACAGGGAACUGCUAAGAACAAGAACAAGUUUGUUCCCUACAGAGACUCCGUUCUGACAUGGCUCUUAAAGGACUGUCUUGGGGGUAACAGCCGCACAGCCAUGGUUGCAACCAUUAGUCCCGCAGCAGACAACUACGAAGAAACUCUGUCCACUUUGAGAUACGCCGACCGAGCAAAGAAUAUCGUGAACCACGCUGUCGUUAAUGAGGACCCCAACGCUCGGAUCAUCAGGGAACUCAGAGAAGAGGUGGAGAAACUUCGUGUUCAGCUGACCCAGGCCGAGUCUAUGAAAGCUCCGGAGUUAAAGGAUCGCCUUGAAGAGUCUGAGAAGUUGAUUCAAGAAAUGACUGUAACCUGGGAGGAGAAGCUAAGAAAAACUGAGGAGAUAGCACAGGAGCGACAGAAGCAGUUGGAGUCCCUGGGCAUUUCUCUCCAGUCUUCGGGAAUAAAAGUUGGAGACGACAAGAGUUUUCUGGUCAAUCUAAACGCCGACCCAGCUCUCAAUGAACUUCUGGUUUAUUACUUAAAGGAGCACACAAAGGUGGGGUCCGCAGACUCUCAGGACAUACAACUGUGUGGAAUGGGGAUCCAAGCAGAGCACUGUGUUAUUGACAUCACUUCAGACGGAGCCGUGAUCUUAACGCCUCAUCGCAAUGCUAGAACGUGUGUCAAUGGUUCUCCAGUAUCCAGUGCUCUACAGCUCCACCAUGGGGAUCGCAUCCUCUGGGGGAACAACCACUUCUUUAGAAUCAACUUGCCUAAAAAGCGUGUCUGGUCUGCUGAUGAUGAGGACGGUGAAGGAGGAGUCAUGAAGAAUAGCAGCAGCAGUGACCAGCUGGACCCAGACGGUGACACGGCCAGUGAAGUGUCCAGUGACGUCAGCUUCUCUUACGAGUUCGCCCAAACGGAAGUCAUGAUGAAGGCCUUGGGCAGCAAUGACCCCAUGCAGGCCGUGCUGCAGUCUUUGGAGCAGCAGCAUGAAGAAGAGAAGCGCUCGGCUCUAGAGCGGCAGAGGCAGAUGUACGAACAGGAACUUCAGCAGCUCCGGCGAAAACUCAACCCUGACCGUCUGUCCAUAACUCCAGCACCCAGUCAGCAAGGCCAGCAGUCCCACUACCGCAGCAUGGAGAGGCUCAGCAUGGGCGGGAUGAGCCACUCCACCAGCGCCCAGAGCAGGCUGAGGCAGUGGAAUGAAGACAGGGAGGCAGUGUUGGUGAGGAGUCUUCGAAGAUUAAGAGAACAGAUUGUGAAAGCAAAUCUUUUCGUGCAAGAGGCCUGUUUUAUUUCUGACGAACUGGAAAGACACACCGAAUACAGAGUUACUUUACAGAUUCCAGCCGACAACCUCAACGCUAAUCGCAAGAGGGACGCCGUGCUCAGUGAACCAGCAAUUCAGGUUCGACGAAGGGCUCGUGGCAAGCAAAUCUGGAGUAUAGAUAAAAUGGAGAAUCGUCUUGUGGAUAUGCGGGAGCUGUAUCAGGAGUGGCAAGAGUAUCAACAGCAGGAUCAGGACAACCCCGGAAUGCGGACAUAUUUUCGCCGAGCUGACCCGUUUUUUGAUGAGCAAGAAAACCACAGCCUCAUCGGAGUCGCCAAUGUAUUUUUGUCAUGUCUGUUCUAUGAUGUAAAGCUCCAGUACGCAGUGCCUAUUAUCAACCAGAAGGGGGAGGUGACCGGACGUCUCCAUGUAGAGGUAGUGAGAGUAGGAGGCGGUCUUGAAGACGGCGUAGCUGGCGGUGACGAUCUAGACAACAUCCAAGAUAAUGAGGCUAUUGAAAUCCAGGACCGGAAAUUUGUCUGUAUGAUCAAAAUCCUGCAGGCCACAGGUCUUCCUCAGUUCCUGUCAAACUUUGUCUUCUGCCAGUACUCAUUCUGGGACCAACCUGAGCCCUUCGUUGUCGCCCCCGAAGUGGAUCCAUCCUCCUCCUCGCCCAGCAGCAAAGACCCUCACUGCAUGGUGGUGUUCGACAGCUGCAAGGAGCAUGCCGUGUCUGUUUCGGAGGAUUUCAUUGAAUAUCUUACCGAGGGCGCAGUUGCCAUUGAAGUUUAUGGGCACAGACAGGCCGACGCUGGCAGAAACCCUGCUCUGUGGGACCUCAGCAUCAUCCAGGCCAAAACACGCACUUUACGAGACCGAUGGAGUGAAGUAACUCGUCGCUUGGAGUUGUGGAUUCAGAUCUUGGAGAUAAAUGAAAAUGGAGACUUUGUUCCUGUGGAGGUGAUUCCUGCUAGAGACAUCCGAACAGGAGGAAUAUUUCAGCUUCGUCAGGGUCAGUCUAGAAGAAUCCAAAUCGAUGUGCGUUCAGUCCAGGACUCGGGCACCAUGCCUUUGAUCUCUGAGGUUAUUCUGGCUGUGUCGGUCGGCUGUGUGGAGAUCAGAUCAACCACCGACCCAGAGGGAGAUGAGAUGGACAGCUAUCAAGAAAGAGAUCUUGAACGCUUGAGGCGGCAGUGGUUAGCUGCUCUGACCAAGAGGCAAGAAUACCUGGAUCAACAUCUGCAGAAUCUGGUCAGCAAAGCAGAAAAGACCGAAGACGACAUGGAAAGAGAGGCUCAGCUGCUGGAGUGGCGCUUGACUCUGACUGAGGAAAGAAAUGCAGUAAUGGUGCCCUCUGCUGGUAGUGGCAUUCCUGGAGCACCUGCUGAAUGGAUCCCUCUUCCAGGCAUGGAAACUCACGUCCCUGUCGUCUUCUUGAAUCUCCGCUCUGAUGAUUUGAGCUCUCAGGAUCAGUUUGAGGUCACUGAAGCGGGUGGUUGGGAUGCCACUCUGAGUGGAGAGGAUGAAGAUGAUUUCUUUGACCUUCAGAUCGUGAAGCACUAUGACGGAGAGGUAAAAGCAGAAGCAUCAUGGGACUCCACCGUCCACGAGUGUCCGCAGCUCAGCCGUGGGGGGGCGUGGCCAGAGCAGAGGGUCUACCUGACCGUCCGUGUAGUUGUUCAGCUCAGUCAUCCUGCAGAUAUGCAGCUCGUGCUCAGAAAGAGGAUCUGUGUCAAUGUCAAUCCUGGUCGCCAGGGCUUUGCCCACAACUUCCUUAAGAGAAUGUCCGCUCGCAGCACCAUCCCUGGCUGUGGGCUCACAUUUGAAGUGGUCUCCAACAUACCUGGAGAUGCUCCUGGUACAGAGGACCGGGAAAUGCUGGCCCGGCUUGCAGCGAACGCACACACAAACCAGUCAGGCGAAGAAGAAGCUGCCAUCGAGAAAUAUCUCCGGAGUGUGCUCAGUUUGGAAAACAUCCUCACCUUGGACAGACUCAGACAGGAGGUCGCAGUGAAGGAGCAACUGAGCUCAAGAGCAAAGAGCGGCCGACGCAGCUUAAGCUCUCCUUCAGUGAACAGACUGUCUGGAAGUAAGCUAGACCUGUCCACAAGCUGUCUACUGGACGACAAGGUUCGAUGGGAAAGUCAGCAGGAUAUCUUUAUACCUGUCCAGCGUCCUCUCCCGCGCCCGGCCUCUUCACCCUCCACCUACUCUCCAACACCCUCCCCAUUCCCAGCUCCCGUUUCUCCAUCUUCUCCACAGAACCCGGAACAAGAGCAAGGUCGUUCAGGACUUGCUGCCUCUUAUCUUUCAGUGAAGGCGCUGGUUCCUCAGAUGCCCAAACUGCUCAAGUCUCUGUUUCCUGCAAGAGAUGAGAAAAAGGAGCUGAGGCCAUCUCCGCACAAUCACCAGCAGCACACGCCUCGUAUUGUUGCUCCAGCUGGGCCAGAGGAAAAGGAUGUCAAAGUCGAUGUGACCAAUAUCCUCCAGGCGUCCUCCAAAGACAGGCGGGCAGACCUCCCGGAUGUUCCUCCUCUUCCUGUGCAUGACCCGCAUGACACCACACCCCUGAGCCCCCUGAGUCAAUCUUCCAGCGGCUAUUUCUCUAGUAGCGUUUCCACGGUAACCCUGUCCGAGGUCCUCCACCCUUCCUCCUCGUCUUCCUCCCUCGCGGCUGCCGAGAGCACCACAUUACCUGCGGUUUCCCAGCAACAAAGCACUACUGACCAGUGCGAUGUUAUGAACUCUCCUCCCCAGUGCCAAUCCAAUAUGGCCGCCACUGCCCCGCCCACUUCUCAUAGCUCAGCCAAUCACAAGAACGGGACUGCAGAACACUCCAGACCAUCCAGACUAAAACAGCAGCUUACCUCGUCCGAACACUUAGAGAAGCUGGAGAUAUGUGUAGACGACGAUGACCGUAACCACGACGCGGUGCUCCCCGAUUGGCUCACGGAAGGCGCCUGUGUCACGGUCGGGAGCAAUAAGACGGGCGCUGUGCGGUUCGUGGGACUCACUCAGUUCGCCGAAGGAGUGUGGGUGGGAGUCGAGCUGGACACGCCUGUUGGUAAGAAUGACGGUUCAGUCGGAGGCCGUCGCUACUUCCACUGUAAACCCGGUUAUGGCGUUCUGGUUCGUCCAGACCGCGUGUCCAGUCGAGGGAAGACCAGCAAACCCUCCGGAGACUGUAGCUCCGCCCCCCACGUCCCUGUGCUAAGAGGAGACGCUCUGGUGGGCCGCAGAGGGGACACCUGCAAGUCCUGGACCAGCUGA